CACCUCUCUCUCUUUAUACCUUUAUCCUCAAUCAUGUAUCAAAGAUGAGCGAAUCAAACGAUAUCUCCAUGCAGGAUGUGAGCGAGAUCUCAGCCAAGAAAGAAGAUUCAAAUGACUUGGAACGUGCGCCAUCUGGAGAAACAACGUCAGCAGAAGCGGCAUCUUCAUCAUCAAAAGCGUUACCGGUCGGAAUUGUACCACCCAAUAAAUCUUCCACGGCAGCGACGCAGGACAUCAUAAACAAAUAUGCACCUGGAUCAGCGCCGCAUUGGCUAGGACAUUCGAAAGAAGGUGGCAGUGGAGAAAAGACAAAAUCUGCAACUGGUACACCACGCAAUUUGCCGGUGAAACGGUAUGAUGGUGAGCCAUUGUCACGAUCGGAUCUACAACACAAUGUUUUGUGUCAACUCUUUGAUAGCGCAGAAAGAUGCUUUACGAACCCCAGACCUGGACCAAGAGGACCAAAAGGUAGCACAACAUGGCGUUGUCCUGUGCCAGUGUACCCGUAUGGAAUGGCCGUUACAUGUGCAAGACCUUCUAAUGAGACAAAAGAAGAAAAUGAGCUCUGGGUAGAUCGUUACGUAAAUUCCUCUAAAGCGAAGUAUAAAUCGAGGACAGACGAUGACGCUCCAAAUUAUUCCGUAGACACAAGUAAUAUCGGCACUGAUCUGCAGAUGAAGCAUAGUUCUUCUCUGCCGCUUUCACUUCAUCGAAAGGAAGGCUAUCCUCCUCCUGGUAACGAAAAGCUGACAUUCAAGGAGUUGUAUAUGGAAGCAUUGUUGCACAGCGGUAAAUGCACAAAAGCCAUGCGAGACAAGAUGUUAUUGGAUGAAGAAUUUGCAGAAGAUUUCGCCAAAGUAUGUUUGCUUGUCAACGUGGGCAGAAUCAAUACAACUCUGGCAUUCUACCCCGAGAUGAAGACCAUCCUCCGAUCAUAUCACCCUCUACCAUGCUUACAACGGAACGAAAACAGCAGACGUCAUCUGCAAGAUGCUCCACGUAUGAAGUCAUUGUUGAAAGCAGUGUUGUUAGACGGAGAAAAGCCGGGAUUACCAGGAAGCGGAACAGCGACAGGUGCAUUGGCAGCAAAGAAUGCGAAAAAUGCUGGAGCAGAAAAGGAUAUGGAAGAAGCACCCGGAGAUAUCAGUAAUCUAGUUCGACGUCUAUCGACGCACAAAGGCAAGCCUCCAACAAGUGUGGUCACAGUGAUGUUUAUCUUAACCACGCAUAGCUCCGAGAUUGCAUCGAUGCACUUUGAACAUCCGCAUGACUUUUACACAAUAUUCUUCCCACAUCCUGAUGUGGCCGUUCCGGCAAAACAAAGAGGUAGGGUCUUCUUAUGGUUGAUGUGGCAUUAUCUCGAAGGAGGGGUCUUACUGCCGCCCGGUUCGCAUGAGAAUCCAUUCGAUGACGACUUUUCACGCGAAAGUGCCAAAAAAGCAAGAGAGGUGUGGGAUGCCAUGUCAGAAUCCGAACAAGAAGCAAUAAAAGCGAGAGGGUAUUGGAAAGGUGUCAAAAAUCCAGAGUAUGCCGAGUAUAAGAAAAAGAAAUCCAACAGUAAACCAAGCUCGAAUAAAGAGGAUACGAUUCAUGAAAAUGUUCCGCCAGAAUACCUUCAUCGAAUUCUAGCACCAAAAAUGGAAAAGAUAAGCAAUCAUGAAUCAGCUUUGGAAAAUGUGGAUACGCCAGAAGAGAAAGAAUGGGGCUUGCGUAUGAAAGAAGAACGUAGUGCAUUCUUGGUUCGAUUCCAACAGGAAGAACAAGCAAAGAUUCAAGAGAACGAAGCAUCACGGGAAGAAGGCAAUAAUGCAGGACCAGGAAGCGGAAAGGAGAAAGGAACGAAAAAACGUGCGAUGGCAGGAGGUGGUAGUUCGUAUCCUUUGGCGAAUAUAUUGGCAGCUGCCAAUGCCGAAAAGGCGGCUGCAGCGGCCGCGGCCGCGGCCGCUGCAGCAAGUGCUGCUAAUGGAGAAGAUAUGGAUGAUGAUGUCGAUCUAUAUGGUCGUAGCGGCGGGAAGCGCCUUCGAUCAGAUAGCGCAAUGGAUCAUUAUCGAGGCAGAUCUGUUGGUGAUAAAGCGGAUACGUUGUGGGACGUUGAUCUUUCAUUACCGUUGGAAUUGCAAAGGCCAAAGGGAAGUGCACAAAGAAGACGACAAAUGGAUAGUGGAAUUGUUCAUUCUCUUCCUCGAUUGGCAUGGCGAAGAAUCUUAGAUCGUGCACAAAGAGGAGUAGGGGAUGCUUCUUACGAUAGUGAUGAUGAACAAUGUGCUCAAGAUGAGGCUCGAGAUGAAAGACCAAGAGGUGAAUUGGCUAGAAUUUUGACGUGCAUUAGAGAUGUUCGAACGUCGCGAGGAGAAAUUAGUAAACAACCAGAACGUCGUACUGUUGUUCCUCGUCGGGAACAAGGUGUAAAUGCGGGAAGGCAAGAGAAGGCCGAAUCAAUCGCAGCCGUCGAAGCCGAAUUAGAAGAUUUGUUGUAAACACACAUGUAUAUUAUUCAGACAAGACUAUAAGCCAU